UAUCUCUGUUCUCUAAUUGUUUCUUUAGCUGUGAAGAAAGUGUUGAUAGUGUAUGCCCACCAGAGCUCUGGCUCAUUCAACGCUGCAGCCAAAGAAGCUGCUGUGGAGGCUUUAAAAGAUCAAGGCUGCACAGUAGAAGUAUCGGACCUGUACGCCAUCAAGUUUAAAGCCACUGCAACGGCUGAGGACAUCACCGGAGAAGUCAAGAAUGCCGAUCACUUCCGUUAUGCAGAGGAGACCAAACUGGCAUGGGAGGAAGGAAACCUGUGUGCUGACAUCACUGAGGAACAACGCAAACUCUCAUGGGCGGACCUCGUCAUCUUUCAGUUCCCCAUGUACUGGUUCACUGUUCCUGCAAUCAUGAAGGGCUGGAUUGACCGGGUGCUCACACUGGGCUAUGCCUACACUCCAGAGAAGAGAUACAGCCAGGGACUUUUCAAAAACAAGAAAGCCAUGCUGUCCUUCACCACUGGGUCUCAGGAGUCCAUGUUUAGUGCAGAUGGUAUUAAUGGAGACAUUAAUGUCACACUGUGGCCACUACAGAACGGCAUCCUGCACUACUGUGGCUUCCAGGUUCUGGCCCCUCAGAUCUUCUGGGCUCCGUCUCACGUUCCAUCUGAGGCUCGCAGCGCCAUGCUGGAGGGCUGGCGUACCCGACUGCAAGGAGUCAUGGAAGAAAAGCCCCUUUCCUUCACCCCCUCCGAAUGCUUUGAUGGUGAGAAGGGUUUCCAGCUGAAGCCUGAGGUCCGUGAGCAACACGCUGCCAAUGAGUACGGACUGACUGCUGGGAUCCACCUAGGAAAGGCGCUGCCGCCGAACAACCAGAUGACAGCUGGAGUCUAAAGACGCUGGAGCUUCUGUUUAUAUUGUAUGAUGACAAAAUAAAAGCUGAAUUUAAUUAUG